ACCAAGAACUCCUAUAAAACAACUGGAGGCUAAACCACACGAGUCACUGGAACAAGCCAUGUUCAAGAACAUAAAAAAGAUUCAAGACAUUCUGGAAAUGGAUCCACAAACAAAGGAGAUGUUCACCUGCAGUGCCACAAUCAUGAGCAUUCACCUUGACAAAAAGUGGCAUUACAACUCCUGUGACACAUGUAAGAAAAAGGUAGAUGAAACAUUCUACUGUACAAAUUGCGAGGUUGUGGUCAAAUGCCCAAAAACAAGGUAUCUCUUGACGGUUGAUAUAGACGACGGAACUGCAUGUAUCCCAAUGGCAUUGUUCGAUAAGGAGGCUGAAAUAGUCGUUGGAAGUCCAAUACACAAACUCCUUGAAUUGCAGAAAAAGGACAAUGGCAAAGAUAAUGUGUUUGAUCGACUACAACAUUGUGUUGGGAAACAAUUUACAUUUAAGGUGAAGCUGAGUACAAGAAGUGAAACAACUGAGCUCAUUUGCCAAAAAACAUUCCAAAUAGACUACCAAUUGGAAAAGUCUUACAAACACCAAGGUCCAGAAGUGGAACAAAAUCCAGCAAAAAGACUACUCAUGGAUAAAGCCUCAGAUACAACUACUGAAGCAGAAACAAAUCUCUCAGAUAAACCAACAACUACUGAAGCAGAAGCAAAUCUCUCGGAUAAACCCACAGGAAGCAACACUGAAGUGGACAUGCAUCUGCUGGAUAACGCCAUAGGAAAUGAUACUGGAGUGGUAAGGACUGCAAAGAAGAGAGACAGAAAUGCAAUGGAGAAAGACACAGAAACCACUACAAUUACCAACCCUCAAAACUAAACCAAGCAUUGGCAAACGAAGAAACAAGCAUGCAAAUAUGAGACAUUGUCAAAUUAAGUCAUGCACCAAAUAAGAGGAAUGCCCUCAUUAUUUUUAACACAUGCAAUAGUAGUUUACUUUAUCAUGUUUAAGAUACACCUUACAUUUUGAGUUAUGCUUCCAACAAAAAUCACAAACAAAUAGAAUUGUUUUUGAAAAUUUAACUUAAACAUGUUUUAUACUCUUAGUUAUUACGCAUCGUCCAAUAUAUACAUCCUUUGUAAAAUACAAGGUAAUUGAAUAUCUUAUAAUUUUUGAAAAAACCAUCAUACCAACAACAACCAAUAACCCCACCGUGGCACAAAAUAAAAAACCUACUAAAAGUAGAAACCCCGGACAUCACCCGGACUACACACUAGUUAAAAAAAUAUACUCCGUAUAAACAAAAACAAAUACACUUGUUUAUUUAAAAUAUCUAGCUUACUAGCUUAGUGGUGAUUGGGGAAAAGAAUGUAGAGU